CCUGCCCCUCCAAGUGAUGCUCUACUUCAAUGUCUACUACUUCCCAGUCUGGUGCCUGGCUGAGGGGAUUAUGCUGCACCUGAAGUACCACCUGCUGCCUUGGCACUAUCAGUUCCUGCUGGUAACAGCCUUCCUCAUCCUCUCGCUGGCUGAGGGCUCCCGCCUCUACUUGGGCUACCUGGGGAACCUCCAGGAGAAGCAGGUUCUGAUCCUGCAGGUGCCUGAGCUGGCUGGGUUCCUGCUCCUCUCCUUCCUGAUCCAGCUGCCCCUCCUGCUCUUCCUGCUGAUGGACAGGCAGGUCAUCCACCUACCGCUGGAGGUGUCCGUGCACAGCUUGUUCCUAGCCUUCCUCCUCCCCGAGAUCGUGGCUGCCUUCCUGGCGCUGAGGACCAUGACCAAGCAGCUGGCAGCACAGUUCUACCUGCGGCAGUUCCAGGAGGGUGGGAGGGGCCAGCUGGAGCCAGGGGGCACAGGGGGACAGGCAGCCGAGAUGGGAUGAUGCUGCAUGACUCCUCCACCCCACACAGGUGGUCCUGGCAAGGAGCAUUAAACAGUGCUUGAACCCACAGACACUGUUUCUGCGCUUUGUGGAGACCCCAGAACAGCACCCAGGCACAGCCCAGCUGAUCCCAGCCUUGCACCAGCUAGCACAGCCUGGGAAAAGUGGGAGUGAGGGGUUAGCACCU